GGACCCCAUUGCUUCCCCCAAGGAGUUAGCGAGCUCGUAAUAGUUCGAUCCCGAAAGAGCUCAGGUAGCCUGAGUGUCCCAUCAAAUGAGUAGUUCCCCAUGCUUAAAGGGUGUCUUGUUUCAUUUUUCGCAGACAAUAUAACGUGGGGUAAGAUGUCAUUCUGACUAUAAAAGAGAUUGGAAAUUCCGUUCAUUGCUUUUCCAAAACCUUCUCGGGAUAACGAAAUCAGCUUAAUCGAUGGAUAAGAAUCUUGAAAAGCCUUCGGCUCAAUAUAUUGAAGAAGUUGACCAGGAGUUCAACGACAAGAACAAUGUUACUAGCUCUAUUGAGAAUGUAGAUGGGGCUUCCCCAGAUGCAUCUAAAUUUGAGUCGGUGGUGGAAGAGCCAGAUUUCAGUGACAUUGAUCAGAAGAAGUUAAUUAGGAAACUUGAUUUCAGGUUAAUGCCGCUCUUCACAAUCUUAUACUUGAUAAGUUUUUUGGACAGAGGUAAUAUUGGUGCUGCUAAGAUAGAAGGACUUGCAGAAGACUUGAAUUUGCAAGGAUCGGAGUAUAAUCUUUGCUUGACGGUGUUUUUCAUACUCUACGCUGGUUGUGAAAUGCCCAGUAAUACGAUAUUGAAGCAUGUUAAACCCUCUCUCUUCAUAGUUGCCGCAAUAAUCUUAUGGGGGAUUGUCAUGACUUUGAGUGGGUUAGUACAAAAAUACGCUGAUUUGCUUGCCUGUAGAGCAUUGUUGGGGUUAUUCGAAGCUCCUUUGUUUCCAGGUAUCUCAUUCUACCUUUCGGUUUAUUAUACCAAGAAUGAGUUUUUGGUAAGAGAAGCAAUAUUUUUUUCAGCAGCCUCUAUAGCCGGUGCCUUUUCAGGUUUGCUAGCUGCCGCAAUUACUCAAAUGGACGGAAUCGGAGGUUUAGAAGGAUGGAGAUAUAUCUUUAUUCUCGAAGGUGCCUUGACCGUUCUUCUUGGGAUCCUAGCAUACUUUGUCUUCCCCGAUUUCCCACAGGAUGCAAAAUUCCUUAAUGAUCGAGAACGUGAGUUUGUCACUUACAGGGUCAAACACGAUUCCAAUAGAGAUGGAGAAAGUUUGAAGGAGCUUUCUAAGCUUAAUCACGGUCAAAGAACCGCACCAUUAGGAGAGGACCACUCCAAUAACCCUAAGUAUUUUUGGGCAGUUUUCAAAGAUUGGCAGAGUUGGACCAUGCUUUUGGUAUACUGUGGAACCUGUGUUCCACUUUAUGGGAUCUCGCUUUUCACUCCUACCAUUAUUAAAAACAUGGGGUAUGCAUCGACCAAGGCACAAUUGUUGAGUGCCCCCAUUUAUAUUGUAGCAGCUGUGUUUUGCAUCCUUCAGGCAUAUAUUCUGAGUAGAAUAGGACUUCGGUCCCCGUUUAUUCUAUUCAACUAUCUAUGUAUUUUAGCUGGCUAUGUUGUUUGUAUCAGUAUGGACCCAGUGAAAUAUCCACAUUCCAUUUACGGUGCUUUAUUUGUUAUUGCUCUUGGAAUUUAUCCUUCAUUUCCAUUGGUUGUGGUUUGGUUUUCAAAUAACGUUUCGGGAACCUAUAAGCGUGCGGUUGCAAUAGGGUUCCAGAUUGGUAUCGGUAACUUUAGUGGAGCCUAUAGCAGUAACAUAUAUAGAGGACAGGAUUCCCCGAGAUAUCUAUUAGGCCAUGGGAUGGAGAUUAUGUUUGUUUCUAUUGGGCUCGUGGCAAUGGCUAUCACCUUUAUCGGUUACAGUGCCUCGAACUCUAAGAAGAAGAGAAGGUUGGACAGUGGCUACUAUGAUGAAUACACUGAUCAAGAACUCAUUGAAAUGGGUGACAAGAGUCCAUACUUCAUAUACAGAUUGUAGAAAAGUAUCGGUUUUUUAAUGAUAAAGAAAAAUUAACUUGAUUUUGACGAACGUAAAACCUCUAAGGUACCCUUAUGCUCAACCAUAGCCACUUAGAAAGAGAGGAGGGGUCUUCUAUAAGGAUGUUAAGAGGCAUAACUCCUGACAAGUAGUUCUGAAAUUUUCGAAGUCAGAGCCGGACGUACCUAUCUCUGCUUCGGGGUUCAUGAGGGGAGUCCGAGCUUAGUUUCUAGAGUUAAGAAUUGGACUCCCUUCCUCGUUACCUUUACUAAUAAUUAAGAGAAUCAAAUACUAGACAAACGUGGU